UUCAUUUUCACAAAAACGGUUGUUCUCAAAUUCAAAUUGUAACAACUUCUUUUAAUCUUUGAUUGUUUUCCUUUAAUUUAGUUUGUUUCUUUCAUUUUAAUCAAUUAAUAAUGUCAUUUAUUGCCAUACCUUUGAAAAAAUCAUACGAAGUUGAUCUGAUAAAACCUUUGAAAAAUUGUCUCACCUCAAAUUAUAGUGGUGAUGACAGUCCUAUCAAUGUGGAUUCAGUUGUUGAGAAUCUCAACAAAUUAAGGUCUAAUUGUAUUAGUAAAAAUCUUGAUCCUAAACAUGAACAAUCACUUGAAUUAUUGGAAAAGUAUUAUGAUCAGAUAACAUCAUUGGAACAAAAGUGUCCCCAACAUGAGCUACAAAUCACUUUUAAAUGGAAAGACGCAUUUGACAAGGGAGGAUCUUUCCUUAUGUCAUCCAAUACGUUGUCAUUAACUAGUAUUGUCUACGAAAGGUGUUGUGUUUUAUUCAAUAUUGCAGCAAUUAAAAGUCAAAUUGGCUCAAUGUUGGCAAAUGAAGGAAUCAAUAAUGAUGUUGCUCUUAAAUUGGCUGCCAAACAUUUCCAAUCAGCGGCCGGAAUAUUUCUUGCCCUUCGUCACCUUACACCAACAAUUGGUCAAGAUAUUACGCCUGAUCUUAAUUCUGACGUUCUUAAUGUUUUACAUACAAUUAUGCUCGCCCAAGCUCAGGAAUUGUUUUUCUUUAAGGCUUCAAAUGAUAACAUGAAGGAUAAUAUUAUUGCUCGAGUUGCUUCACAAUGUGAAGAGUAUUACAUGGAUGCAUUGAAACACCUUCCAAUCCUUAAAUUGGCUGGAAUUGAGAAAGAUUGGAGUUCAAUAUUCUCAAUGAAACAAAGCGUUUUCACCGGUAUAGCUGAAUUUCAUCAGGCCAAUGUUUGUCAGAGUAAAAAAGAUUUCGGUCAAGUUGUCGCUCGCUCUCAAAAAGCCGAUGAAUGCCUUAAAUUGGCUCAAUCAAAAGGUGGAAUGUUUUUCGCUAAUGUUUACAAAAAUUUUUUAGCUCGAGCUCAGAGAGUUUUGGAAGAAUCUAAAAAAGAUAAUGAUUUUAUUUACCAUGCAAGAGUUCCCGAGGAAAAAGCAUUGGAACCUAUUGGUAAAGCAUCUCUGGUCCAACCAACACCCUUACCAACCAAAUUCAGGCCCAAUAUUCCUGAUCCGUUUGCCAAUCUUUUACCUCUUGCCAUUCAACAGGCCACUCAAAAGCUUGAGUCUAAAAAGCAGGAAUUGGUUCAUCAAGAAACGGCCACUUUGCGUGAAUUGACUCAAAUUUUAAAUGGUGUCUUAGCUUCCCUUAAUUUACCUGCUUCUCUUGAAGAUGUUAUUGGUACCGAAUUACCUGCUUCUAUUAAAGAAAAGGCUCAAUUCGUGCGAGGACAGGGAGGUAUUGAUGCUUUGGAUAAAUUGAUUAACGAGCUUCCUAAUUUGCUUAAUAGAAAUAAGGAAAUAUUAGAAGUAACUGAGAAAAUGUUGGAACAAGAAGAGACUACUGAUAAUAAUUAUCGAGCUCAGUUUAAGGAGAAAUGGCAAAGGUCACCUUCGUCUAAAUUGACUGGUGUUUUCCGAGAGCAUGUGACUAAAUACACGAAUAUCAUCAAGAAUGCCAUGGAUGCCGAUAAAAAGAUUCAACGGAAAUAUGCUGAUUUCAAAGAGUUGAUUCAACUUCUUUCACAGGAUAAUAGUGAAAUUCAGAAAGCUAUUCCAAGUGGUUCUGGUAAUGGUUCAGAUUUAUUGAGCUCCCCAAGUGCUAAAGAAUUGAAAUCAUUAAUGAACGAAGUUGAACAUUUAAGAAGAGAACGUGAAGAGCUUGAAGAAAAUCUCAAAUCCGCUGUUUUCGAUGAUAUGAAAGCCAAAUUUUCCGCUGCCUUGUCCGCCAAUGGAUCUAUCAAUGAAGAAGCUUUAAGCGUUGAGACUAUCGCUGAAGUCUAUGCACCUUUACAGAAACAAGCUCGUGAUAUUAAGGUUAAACAUGAAUCGCUUAUUGAACGGAUUCAACGAGCAAACGAACAAUUUGUUAAUCUAAAGCGAAUGAGUAACCAAGGAGACUCACGUCGAGAAGAUUUUCUCAGUCGACUGGCAAGUGCCCAUGAUGCUUUCCAAGAAUUGAUGACCAAUAUUGCCGAAGGAACCAAAUUUUAUAAUGACUUGACAACUUUAUUGGUUAAUUUACAAGGAAAAGUGGAUGAUUUAUGUUUCGCUCGUAAAACUGAAGCCGAUGAACUUGUCAAAGCGAUUCAAAAUGAAAUCGUUUCCCGACCAAGUCCAAGUCCACCCUCCGCACCCUCAUAUCAUUCCAAACCUGAAGAUAAGCCUAAACCACCUCGACCACCUCCACCUCAAAUAUCCUCAGCACCCGCUGCCCAAACCGCUGGUGCUACCGCCCCAACUCCAGCCGCUCCAACCCCAAGUUACCCCUUUAAUCAACCCUAUCCUAAUCCUUACCAACCCUACUAUUAUCCUCCUCCUCCACUCCCUCCCACCUACAGUGCUUACGCUAAUCCAUAUGCACCUCAUCCUCCCCAACAAAAACCUUACCCAACCCAACCUCAACCCGGUCAACCCCAACCUGGUCAACCCCAACCUCCUCCCUCUGGAUACCCACCUUAUCCUAAUCCCUACUCUAAUCCUUAUCCACAAUAUCCCAGAUAAGAAAAAGUCUUGACCCACUGAAAUUCACAUCAUUUAAUUUUUCCCCGUUAAAUUGAAACUGAAAACAUUUUUAAAUUGCCAACAAUCUGUUAAUGACAACAAAUUAUUUGCCUUGUGAAUCUUGUUUCUUAUUAUUUUUGAUUUAAUUACAUCAAAAAUUAUUAUUGCAAAAAAAAUUACCACUAAUAAGAAACAUAUUAGGAAUGAGAAAUUUAUCAAAUGAAUGCCAAUCUAAAUUCAUUUUAAAUUGUUUCAAAGUUGAUCUAAAGUCAAUUAAUGAAAAAGAUGAUAAAAUGUAAUCACCAUUUAUUGAUUAAUCCAAGAAAAUACUUUUAAUUACAUCUUAAUGAGAUGUUGAUCAAUUUUCAUUAAUAAAAUGACUCAAAACGAUAAA